AUGCGCGCGGGGCGGGGCUGCGCCUCAGGCCUGCGCGUUGCCGUCAGGUCGGCUGGGCAGGGCAGCGGCCGAGCGGACCAGAUCGUACGCCUGAGCCCAAGCUCGGGGCGCAUCCUCACAGAGCUGCCCCUCUAUACCCCGGCCGCAUCCAGGCGAGGCGGCCCCCUCUCAGAGGGAUGGAGAGGGCCACCCCCCUUAGUUCUUGCGGGACCCCGAGUAAACGACUGCGUGCGGCCUGAACCGCGGUCCUGGGCGAGAGACCGAUGGGCGCGUCCCCGUAAGCGGACCGCGGACGUGAGGGCGGCGGGCGGCGGGGCCGCGGCGAGGAGAGCCGUGCUCGUGCUCGCGCCCGCACAAGACCCGGCCGCGCCCGCCCCGCCUCUCGGAGCCGGCCGCAGAGCCCCCUCCGCGAGCGGCCCCAACAGCUGCCAGAGGGACGAUGAGCGGCGCGGCGCCGGCGCUCACACUGCUGACCUGCAGCCUGUGGCCGGCGCGGGCGGACAACGCGAGCCAAGAGUACUACCCAGCGCUCAUCAACGUGACGGUGCAGGAGCCCAGCCCCGGUGCCCCGCUCAACGUUCCGCAUUGACCGCGGGCGCUACGUGCUCGACUCGCCAAAGGCGGAGGUGCGCGGUCAGGUGCUGGCAACGCUGCCCCUGCACGGAGGCCUUUGGACUCAGACUGGAAUUUACACUACUGGCUUUCCUGUGUCUUCAGUUUGCAGAUGGUGGAUCAUGGGACUUCUCACCUUCCAUAAUCCUAGAUAAGUGGAGCUAGUUCAGAACAGCUGUGAACACAGAGGCAGUGGAAACUUCACCUUCAACAUUAUCAGCCAACUUCUCUCUCAUUACAAUUCUAUCUCAAGAUCAAGGUCAUGCAAGAAAACCGGCAGACUCCAUGAUUCAAGACUCUUACACGAAAGUGGCAGCAACCCAAUAAACCAGCUUGAGCAAAAGAGGAAUCUGUUGGAAAUUGGACGUGUGACAACACCGGGGUCUAAGUCCAGCGAGAUCUUAGGUACAAAUGGAAAGAGGCAUUCGUAGCCUCUGGGACCCUCUUUUAUCUGUGCUUCUCUCUAACCAACUUCUUCCACAAGUUGGAAAUAUGCCCACGAGCUGUCUUAUAUGUCACAGCUCUGCCACCAUCUGUGGACUCUCUUUCUCCUCCUUCCUUUUGAAAAACUCUCAGGGAAGAAUUCUAAUCGGGCUGGACUGGAAGCCCAUGCCUGGAUCCCAAUCAUCCAUGGCAAUAAAAUAUCUGUACCAUUCACAUCCCAGGACUAGAGUGUGAAAAUGAGCAUCUCCUAGAAAAAGUGUUGUGGGUGCUAUAACUAGACCUCGGAGAGGAAGCAGGAGAAGGGAAGGGUGACAACUCAUGAUUCCCACACGGGCCUCCCUGUCGGGGUCCUAGCAUAUACUAUGCACCUUCUCUUGUUAAACUUUCCCUCCAAAUUCAUGUCAGUACACUAACCUUCUUGUCUUGAUCCAUUUGGUCUGCCAUGACCAAAUACUAUAGAGAGGAUGAUUUAUAAACAACAGAAAUUUAUUCUUCACCAUUCUGGAGGCUGGACUUUACAUGGAACUCAAACAAAUCAAUAAGAAAAGAACAAAUAGUCCCUUUGCUAUGUGAGCAAGAGAUAUGAACAGAAACUUUUUGGAUUAAGGCAGGCUCACUGCCUACAAACAGAUGAAAAAAUGCUCAUCAUCCUUCAUCAUCAGAGAAAUGCAAAUCAAAACUGCUUUGAGAUAUCAUCUAACUCCAGGAAGAUUACCCACGUCACAAAAUCCCAAAACUACAGAUGUUGGAGUGGAUGUGGAGAGAAGGGAACACUGCUACACUGCUGGUGGGAAUGCAAGCUAAUACGACCUUUUUGGAAGGAAGUUUGGAGAACACUCAAGGAACUAAAAAUAGACCUACCAUUUGAUCCUGCAAAUCCUCUACUAGGUAUAUACCCAGAUGAUCAAAAAUUAUUUGACAACAAAGACAUUUGCACCAGAAUGUUUCUUGCAGUCCAAUUCAUGACUGCCAAGACAUGGAAACAGCCCAAGUGCCCAUCGACCCAUGAAUGGAUUAACGAAUUGAGGUAUAUGUACACCAUGGAAUACUACGCAUCCAUAAAAAGAUGGAGACUUCACAUCUUUUAAGUUUACCUGCAUGGAACUGGAACAUAUUCUUCUUAGUAAAGUAUCUGAAGAAUGGAAAAACACUAUCCACUGUCUUCAAUACUACUAUGAAAUCAUUAUAUAAUCACCUACACACUAAUAUGAAUGGAAAAACAUUCCAACUGUAGUCUAGAAAACAGAAGGGAAAAGGAGAUGGGGGAGGAGGGAUAUGGGAGGAAGAAGGGUAUUUGAGGGGACCUCACCUAAUGUGCAUGAUGCAAUAGUACAUUUCAAAACUAUUAAGAAAUGAGUGUAAUUGUGAUGGCUGUGCUAUUUAGUUGAAUUUCACAUUGUAUAUCAAAGCAGUACACUGAACCUCAUUCAUGCAUCAAGGUACAAAGUUAUGAUUUAAUAAAAAAAAUUAAAAUAUAACAGAAUGGAAGCUAGGAAGCACUAUUAAAAAUAUAUAAAAAUACAGCAUUGUGUUGCCAAUUGAUGAAGCACACAAUGUAUAGAAGGAAUUUAAAAAGAAUUCUAUAAUUCUUUCAGAGAUCUUUGUGCUAAAUUAGAUAAUGCAUGGAAAAUAAAGCAAAAGAAAUAUGAGUUAAUUAACAUAUAUACACAAAACAAUCAAUGUCCAUGUUGAGUAAGGAUAAUUUUGAAUCCUUCACUAUCAAUUGUGGUUAAUAUUGUCUUUAGUUUGUGUCCUGUUGGGAUUUGUGCAAAAUUUCACAAGAAGAUAGGAGAAUGAUUAAACAUUAAAUUGAAAUACUAAAUCAAAGCAUGAAAGCACUAAACACGUACAUUACUUACUGAAAACAAAACAAAACCCUGAUUUCUGUUGUAUUCUUAAAGAAUUCUUCACUCUGUGGAGGGAGUCUUUCCAUAACCUAGUGCCACAGUUUUAAAUAAGUUGACUUCCAUAAUACCUACUGGGCCAGAUCUGCGUUUAUGGGAGGAUUGACCAUAAAGCAACAGCCACUCACUAAGGCAGCAGGUGAGCCUGCAUCACCUGGAGAGAUGGCAGGAGAGAGGACCACGGCCACAGGGAAGGGAACAGGGAUGGCCAAGGUCAGUGAUCAGAGAACUCACUGGCUGUGGUGAGAAGGUUUUACUAAUUCAAAAACUUCAACCAAUGGAAGGAGGGAAGCAUAACAAAGUACUACGGGAGCCUAGGAAAUAGGGUUGCUUUUAGAGUAUAACCCAUAUGCUUUAGCUUUUAUUUUACAUUAGUUGGGUCACACUAGGAUAGGUGGUUAACACGAUUAUUACCGAGAAAUAUCACGAAGUGCCUUCUUCCUGCAUAACGGUGCUGUCCUAUCUGAGGAUAUGAAGACGUAUCUAUACUUAAGUACAUGGAUUUGACUUACAAGCAAUUUAUUUUAGUACUAAUAAAAUAAUUCUCAUUUCUAAUUCUGGGAGUCUUGUCCAUUGUUUGCUUUCCUUGGGGAACCAUUUCACUUCCAGCCCAUUGGCUCUUUGUAACUAAAAUAACAAUAUGGUUGUGAUAUUUCUCUCUUUGGCUAACCUUAUGUGUGCAUUCCUCUAGA